GAGUGUGGAGAGCAGCGCGCGACGGAGUGAGGAUACGCACACAUACACACACGCACGCACACACACACAGGCGCGCGCGCUCUGCCUCAGCUCAGGAUAUUACCGACCUCGGAGCCAGCGAGAGACUACGAGUCCGCGAGACCCGGCGGUCCGUCCGCGCGCGCACAAACUCGUCCGCCGCCGCGAGGAACUCGACUUGUGUUGAGACGGAGCGCGAGCUUUCAGACUGUUUUUCUUUUAAGUGGAGCUGAGAGACAAAACAGCGCUGAACUCUUCACCGAGGAGCCCGUCCGAGCCGUCCGAGCUGUGGGGUCUUCUCCUUCUGUCGGGACACAAAGACACAACACAUGAGCAGAGCCAGGAUGAGGCUGGUGUUUGGCUGGUUUGGUGUGCUGGUGGUCUUGGUGCUGGCUGUGGUGGGACAGAAGUUGCCCACUCGUGAUGAAGGCCUGUUUCAGAUGCAGAUCCGGGACAAGGCUCUGUUCCACGACUCCUCUGUCAUUCCUGAUGGGGCGGAGAUCAGCGGAUACCUGUUCAGGGACACGCCCAAGAGGUACUAUUUUGUGGUAGAGGAGGACAACACGCCGCUGUCUGUGACGGUGACGCCAUGUGACGCUCCGCUGGAGUGGAGGCUGACGCUGCAGGAGCUGCCAGAGGACGCCAGUGGAGAGGGAUCAGGUGAGCCAGAGCCUCUGGAGCAGCAGAAGCAGCAGGUGACGGCCAGUGAAGGCACUGAGCUCUUCUCCUACAAAGGCAACGAUGUGGAAUCCUUUGUGUCCACUAGCUCACCGUCCGGCCUCUACCAGCUGGAGAUCCUCUCCACUGAGAAGGACAGCAACUUCAAAAUCUAUGCCACAACCACUCCAGAAUCUGACCAACCCUACCCCGAGCUUCCCUAUGACCCAAGAGUGGACGUGACUGCCCUGGGUCGCACUACCGUCACCUUGGCCUGGAAACCCACACCCACAGGCUCAUUGAUGGGUCAGCCUGUGCAGUACUGCGUGGUCAUCAACAAGGAGCACAACUUUAAGAGCUUGUGCGCCGCUGAGGCCAAAAUGGGAAUGGACGACGUCUUCAUGGCUGCACCAAAGCCAGGCCGGGACUUCAGCCCAUUCGACUUUGCCCACUUUGGCUUUGUCCCAUCUGAGAAUGAUUUCCUCAAGGAUCGCUCUCUGGCCACUAACCGGGCACUGGGUGGCAAGCUGUCUCGCUCUUACAUCCCCAAACCUCGAAUCUCAGACAUUCGUAAGAUUUGCAUCGGCAACAAGAACAUCUUCACUAUCUCAGACCUGAAGCCAGAUACACAAUACUACUUUGACGUGUUCGCCGUCAACACAGCCACCAACACAAGCACGGCCUAUGUGGGCACCUUUGCCCGCACCAAGCAGGAGGCCGAGCAGAAGACGGUGGAGCUAAAGGACGGCAAAGUGGCAGAUAUUUUCAUCAAAAGGAAGGGUAGCAAGUUCCUGCGCUUUGCCCCGGUUUCUUCACACCAGCGGGUGACCCUCUACGUCCACGCCUGCCUGGAUGCCGUGCAGCUGCAGGUGCGCCGCGAUGGCAAGCUCCUCCUCUCGCAAAAUGUUGAGGGCGUGCGGCAGUUCCAGCUGCGUGGCAAACCCAAGGCCAAGUACCUGAUCCGUCUCCGGGGAUCCCGCAAAGGUGCCUCUACGCUGAAGGUUCUGGCAAGCACGCGCCAAAGCGCCAAGCAGCCCUUCCCUUCCUUACCCGAGGACACGCGCGUCAAAGCCUUCGACAAGCUUCGCACAUGCACCUCCGUCACGGUGGCAUGGCUGGGCACGCAGGAGAGGAACAAGUACUGUGUGUACCGACGGCAAGUUGACGAGGCCUACGGAGAAGAGCAGCGGCGCCGGGAGCAGAACCAGUGUGCCGGGCCCCAGAACCGUCGCAAGUCCGAGAAGGUGCUCUGCAAGUAUUUCCACAGUGCCAACCCACAGAAGGCUGUCACCACGGAGACCGUUGGCGGGCUGGAGCCUGGCAAGAGCUAUUUGCUGGAUGUUUAUGCGGUGGGCCACAGCGGCCACUCGGUCAAGUACCAGAGCAAACUGGUGAAAACAAGGAAGUACUGCUAAAAUAAAAGAAAUACUUAAGCAAAAAUGCAAAAAAAAAACAUAAAACAGACUCUGCACAGAAGUAAAUAUAUUAUAUAUAUAAUGAGAGAAAAAAGAAGUUUAUUUAACUGGAAGUGAUAUUCUACUAAGUUUGUUUUUUUGCAGACUGACUACUUGGUGCACACCGUCAGCUUUGUGUGGCAGAGACUGAACUGCUUCUUAGAGAGAGAUAGUCCUGUAUAUUUCUCGUAACAAGUCCCAUUAACGAGUCGAGACCGCUGCCUCGUGAUGGAGAGGCGCUAGGAGCUGUCGUCGGGGGUUAUAUUGUUUCGGCCAUGUCGUGAGAACUGCGUUAAUUCAUCUGUCCCUGCAGCAUUCCCUCCAUUGAACCCUUUUGAGAUAUCUACUGCCUCCCCCCGUUUGCUCUCUCACUUGAGUAUUCAUGACAUGUUUAGGAAAAGUUCUUAAAUUAUUUUAUACCUCUUAAUGUUUUCGUUUUGUUAUUUGAACUGUUAUAUUUUUUGUGCGUUAUUGGCUAUAAUUAUUUCUGAUAUAAAAAAAAUGUUGUAAAAUUCUCUGAUGAAGUCGGGCAGUUGUUGAGGUGUCAUUGACCCCCGCCCCCACCCCCCGUGUCCUUUUUGUCUGUGUAUUAUGUCAUUCAGUGAGUAAAUUGGUCUGGGAUUCUGUAAAUGUGCUCUUUCUCUGUGUCUGCUCUGCCUGUCACAUGUACAGAGUGCUUCUGCCAAUAUUCAUGUACAUAAAACCCUAAAUAUAGAGGCCAGUAAUCCCCCUG